AUGGGGACAUGUGAAGAGCGGUUGAACGACACUAUGACUAAGCUGGAUGAAAUUCUUGCUGGCUUCUGGGCCAGAAUUUUGGAGAGGGUGCUGAACGCAGCUACAGCUAGUCGAACAACUCCUGCACUCACACCCCCGGCACUCCCGGGCCCCAGGGGGGGACGCAGAAUAAUAGCAGCCAGAGGCUCACCAAAGGAGCAGCACAAGCAGAAACGUAGAGCCUGCCACAUGACAAGCACUCGCCCCCCCAUCAAGCCGCAACAACCUCACAACAAACCAGAGGCACCCUGCCCACCAGGACAGCUCCGAUCAGCUGACAAAGCACAGCCUCACCACCACAACUCGGAGACCUGGCACUUAGCCACAUACAUGCCUCUGAUGUCUCAGGAGACAGGGGCUCCCGGGGCGGCAUUUGGCGACCGGAGGGGUUCGGGUGAGCACAGGCUGGAGAUCGGAGUCUAUCAGGCAGAUCCCGCCAUAGCCGGACUUGCACAUCAUGCCUAA